CAUCUUAGUUUGUGUGGAAAAGCCACGAGUUAGAUGUGUUUGCAAAGCAGGGAGGGGAGCUGUGGCGGAGUGGGUGGGAACAAUGGGAGGAUUCGCUGAAGGCAUGACGGCUUUUUCAGCAUAAAGUCUUCUUGCCUGCACAGCCGACAGCUCUCAACCAGUCCUCCCAGUCAGGUAAAGAAAAAAAAUCCAUCCCCCCACCAGUCUGGACGGUAGGCGUUUCUUCAUUAUCCCGCAUAGGUGGACCCUCUUCUGUGGAAGGAGACAUGACUUAGCCCGGCAGUUGAUCGGCCCUGGUCACCUCUUCUCUGAAGUUUAUUCUUGGCCACCGUUCUACUUUGCUGCUGUAAGGUGAAGCAGCCGCACUCUGCCAGGGAAGCAGCAACAGACGGACGGAUAGACUGCUCUGUGAAGCGCUUUCCUUUUCAUGGAUGCCAGGGUGGCCCUGCUGCACUUGUGGACAGCUCUUGUCCUUCUGACAGCAGAAUGGAAGUGGAUUGACGCUGCAGAGGUCUACACCAACACUUGGGCGGUCCAGAUCGAUGGGGGACCGGAAGAGGCUGACCGCAUCGCCAGGGAACAUGGUUUCAUCAACCACGGCAAUGUUUUUGGAGAUUAUUAUCACUUCAGGCAUCAUGCCGUGGAGAAGAGGGCUUUGUCUGGCCACAGGGGGAUGCACAUCAAACUGCAAAAAGAACCACAGGUCCUGUGGGCAGAGCAGCAGGUGGUGAAAAAAAGGAAGAAGAGGGAUGUUUAUGAAGACCCAACAGACCCUGAUUUCCCCAAGCAGUGGUACCUGUCCACACCAACACAUCAAGACCUGAAUACCAGAGUAGCCUGGGCUCAAGGCUACACAGGAAGUGGUGUAGUGGUGACUAUCCUAGAUGACGGCAUUGAGAAAGACCAUCCUGACCUCAUCAACAAUUAUGACCCAGAAGCCAGCUAUGAUGUUAAUGAUGGAGAUGCUGACCCUCAACCAAGAUACACACAGCGGAAUGAGAACAGACAUGGAACUCGGUGUGCGGGAGAAGUUGCGGCUGCAGCCAACAACGGCGUGUGCGGUGUAGGUGUGGCCUAUAAUGCUAAAAUUGGAGGAGUUCGUAUGUUGGAUGGGGAGGUGACAGACGUGGUGGAGGCCCACUCGCUCAGCCUCAACUCUCAGCACAUCCACAUUUAUAGUGCCAGCUGGGGCCCAGAGGACGAUGGGAAGUCACUGGACGGCCCUGCCAAGCUGGCCAAAGAGGCUUUUCUCGAGGGAAUCACCAAGGGACGCAGCAGACUGGGCUCCAUCUUCGUUUGGGCCUCUGGGAACGGUGGCCGGGAGCAGGACAGCUGUAAUUGUGACGGCUACACCAACAGCAUUUACACCCUGUCCAUCAGCAGCACCACGCAAUCAGGCAACGUGCCGUGGUACAGCGAGCCCUGCUCUUCCACCCUCGCUACCACCUUCAGCUCUGGAAACCCCGGGGAGAAACAGAUAGUGACCACAGACCUGAGGCAAAAAUGCACAGACUCUCACACGGGGACGUCUGCAUCAGCACCACUGGCGGCUGGAAUCAUUGCUCUGGCUCUGGAGGCCAACAUGAACCUGACCUGGAGGGACAUGCAGCACCUGGUGGUGAGAACGUCCCAGCCGGGACGCCUCAGCGCCGUAGACUGGAGGACUAACGGAGUCGGACGCAGAGUGAGUCAUUCGUACGGUUAUGGGCUCCUGGAUGCGGGUGCUAUGGUUGCUUUGGCACAGAACUGGACCUCUGUUGGGCCGCAGCAUCAGUGUGUUCUCACCAUGCUCACAGAACCAAGAGACAUCGGGAACAAGCUGGUGUUCAGCAAGAGCGUUGAUGCCUGCUGGGGACGACCGGAGUAUGUCAGCUCUCUGGAACACGUUCAGGCUCGCCUCACUCUCUCCCACAACCAGAGAGGAAAAUUGGCCAUUCAUCUCAUCAGCCCACUGGGCACACGCUCCACCCUGCUGUUCCCCAGGCCCAAUGACUUCUCCUCGGAGGGAUUCAACGACUGGGCCUUCAUGACCACCCACUCGUGGGACGAGGAUCCUCAAGGAGAAUGGACCCUGGAAAUAGAGAACGUGGCGGCUAAUGGCCGCGACUAUGGUGUGUUGCGUCAGUUCAACCUCAUCCUGUGGGGGACCGGACCCAGCGUCGUCAACCCCUCAUCAUCUGACUUCCCUCGGCCGUCCAACAACAGCUGCAAGACCUUUGACGCCCAGCAGAUCUGCAUAGAGUGCAGCCCCGGCUUCUCCCUCUUCCUCCAGGGCUGCAUGAAGCUGUGUCCGCCGGGUUUCACCUCGGGGCCGCAGCUCCUCAACCUCUCCCUGGAGAACUGGGUGGACUUGUCCUCCGUCCAGGCCUGCCUACCCUGCAACCCCGCCUGCCUCACUUGUUCUGGCACCGGGCCCACAGACUGCCUGUCCUGCCCGCCUCACAGCCACCUGGUCCUCACCUCCUGCCUGCACCAGAACCAGGUCCAGCGUAAAUCCCCACAAGCUGGGGGACUCCAGGGCAACGGAGUCCAGCCAGCGGUGGAGACACCAGCGGCGGUGGCAGGUGACGGCGGAGGGGGCGAGGAACCUCCGGGGCUCAGCGUAGCUCCGCCCACUCGGCUGCCGGCUGUCGUGGCCGUGCUCAGCUGCGCAUUCAUCUUGGCUGCCUUCGUCGGGGUCUUCCUCUUGCUUCAGAAGCGCUCAGGUGGCGCUUCUUUAGGCUGGAGGACCAAACUGCCCUCUGUGUAUUCAGAGACGCGGGGGAUGCGGGUGGGCUUUGGUUUUGGCUUCGGCCAAGGACGGGAGAAGAACGCACGGAUAUGCUACAAGGGGAUCCCCACUGUGUGGGGCGAUGAGGACACGAUCGCCUACCAGUCUGAAUCAGACAGCGAGGAAGUGGGCGGUCACAGCGAGAGGACAGCUUUUAUCAAGACACAGAGCGCGAUAUAGCUGAACCCGUGUCAGCAUUCAGAUGUGACUGUGUGGAGCAGAAACACGGAGGGGAAUCACACAGGCUCAGAAAAAACACAAAGCGCUGGCCUUACUGUCCCAUCAGCACCCCGUCCCAAUGCAUUAAGGAGUCAGUCUUUUGUUUCCUCAUGUAUUUAUUUGUUAAUUUAUCUUGUUUGUUUAAUAUUUGGAUGUCAGAUGUAUCCAGUGUGCAUUUGAGUCUUUGUCACCCAUAUAAGGUGUUACGCAACCGCUUAUUUUUAACUUUUAAUGACCUGCCUGACCUGAAUCUGUCCUAAUUCGUCAAAAGCAUUUUUCAAAGAUUUUGUUUUUCCCUCUCAGAGACAGAGCGGUCAGAAUCAAAGCAGCACAGGCAGAUAUAUCCUGACUACUGGUGCCCAAUUAUAGGUAAGAGUCCCACUAACUCUGAAUCCUGCAUUUCCCACAAUGCAGUAUGAUAGUAUCAUAGCAAAUCCACGUCUUUAAAGCCCCAUUUUCUUUGGGGGGGGGGAAUAACACAGUCUCUGAACCCAGUAACCACUCAGGGCUCAAAAUAACCCUGAUGUCCUCUUUGGGGUUAUUUUUUUCAGACUCUCCUUCCUGAACUUUAGAAGAUAUUAUAUAACUGUUUUCACAGGCGGAGAAGGCUGAGAAGUGCUCUCUGUGACGAGUAAACUGAGCCUGACAUGUAAAACGAUUGGAGUGUCCCUGAACGCAUCAGAUUUGUCCCCGACACAAACAUCUGGCACAUCAGCGCGGGGAGAUAGAAAUAAAUCUGCGUUGUGAUAUUUUUAUCAGAUUCCCCCGGCAGAUUGCAGGCCAGGGGUCGUGCAGUCGACACGCUGUUCAUUAAUAGCGAGAAAACUUUAAAUUGAAGAUUUUCGGCCGCGCACUGGGACGGCGUAAUAAAACAUCCCGCCGGCUGUUUGAUAAGCAGGAGACUGUGGAGGAUGCUCUGUUUUCAAUCAGGGCACAGUGGGAAUUGCCACCACAGCAGAGGCAUAUCAGAUAUAUCAGUCGUAAAAUCUCAUUGACUUGUAGAAGAAGCUGCUUUUGAAUAAAAUAAAAAAAAUAAAUAAAAAAAAAAACUUUGCCCAAAGCUGCUUGGCUGACCUUUACAACAUUUUUCUACUUGGUUGCUGUUGGUAAGAAAUAAGAUCAUUUUCUCUUCCUUCUCCCCACAGACAGAGCACAUAUUGAUUUUGGGCUUUCUCUCCCAGAACAUCUUCAUCAGUCGUAAAGCUCAUCCCCUUUUCUGUUGGGAGUUGCCAUACAUCGAAACACACAUAUCUACUUUAUUUCCUGUUUUUGUCAGCACUGAAAAACUCGCCGCCAAACACGCUGGAUCAAAGCCUUUGAGGAUCUAAAGGCCAGACCCGUAACAGUGAUUAAGAAAUGAAGAGAGAUAUUGUCUCGCAUUUUCUAUGUUUGUUUUCUAUCCUUUUUUUAUUUAACUGACAGUGGAUGUUAAUAUUGUGGAGAUCAGUUUCAUGCUGGAAUAAAAAAAAAAAAAAAAAAAAAAAAACAAUUUUGGCUGUUGCAUAAAUAGACUCUGUGCGCCUUUUACUGCCAGAUUGGAAAACCUUUAGGGUUUUAUGCAUCUUAAAUGCAGCCCCUGACAUGCAGAAACACCACCCAAGAGAACAGAUGGCUCAUCACUUCUUCAUGGCCGUAUAUCAUUGUUGCGCGCGUGUGCUCACUCCGGGUGUUUCGGCUUUAAGAGGCUUGCCAGCGUUCUGUCUUCUCCUUACCAUCCAGUUGCAGCGAGCUCUGCUGCCGCUGCCAAAAAAAAAAAAAAAAAGAAGCCUUCAAGAAACUGUUUUUUUUUUCCUCAGGCUUCAAUAUGGUGUCGUUUAAAUUAAUAUAAAUGGAAAAGGUUUGUACUACAGCGGGGAAAACAAUGCCCAGUGCUGGUAGCAGCUUUGUUCAUUAGCAGCUUCCCUCUGUAACACCCUCCACAGACGCAGGUAAAUGGGUUCAGGGGUGGAGGUACGUUCAUUCUGGGGCCCCGUAAUUAGAUCUGCUGGGAGAGCUCGCUGCACAAUUCAGUGACCUCUCGGAUGCGUCAUGUUUUGCAUGAUAAAUGUGCACGUGUGGAAGUAAAGGUGUGUGUGAAUGGGCUUGUUUUAGCUCUGGAAACAAAAACAAACAAAAAAGAAAAAAAGCUGUUUGAAUGCCUUUUAUCUCCUCGAUCUCCUCCACCUUCAUUACAUGUUUCCACGCGCUGUGAUCAGUUUUUGUGCCGUUUCUUUUCCCCCGCUCUCUCCGUGCCCUUUAGCUCGUAUUAAUUGGCUGCCAUGUUCUGUUCAACACGGCCCACUAACAAGGCCCGGCAAAACAAGAAAUAUUAGAUUAAUUAAAACAACAAAUCAGCUCCCCGUUAGGUGAUUUCACAUCCAGAUCAAUCGGACAGCGAGGUUCCAGUCCCAUUAAUCCAGCCGGUCGAACAUCAUCGUUGUGUGUUCGUGCUGGAAGCUGAGUGGAACACACUGUCUGGUCUCCCUUUCUCUUUCUCCACAGACAGGUUGAGAUACACAGUUGGCAGUUUGGACUAAAAGGGAGAGGAUGAGUGUCCCCAGGGUGCCUUCACAGGCUUCAUCACACACACACACACACCCCACACACACACGCAGCCACUUCCUUUCUUCUCCACACAUGCAGUGCAGUGAUCACUCUCUCAGGCCUCAGGCGUGCCUGCCACAACACUUUCUUUCUUCUUCUGUGUUCCUGUUCCAUUUUUAUGUAGCUCGAACAAAGAGAAAUUUCUUUUCAUGUUCCUGCCCAACGCCGUCACCGAUAUCGUCAACACCUUUCCGCCUCACGCACGGGCGUCAACAUGGCAGAAAACAUGCUGCUUGUUAAUUAUACGUGAUCUGAGAUGGGAGCUUUCUCAAGGUGUAAUGUCAGGUUGAGUGAAAUUGGUGAAGAAGGAAGUUUUGACAGUCUACAAGGGCUGAUGACACUCAUCUGAGACUGACAGCAUCUGUAGGAAUUUACUGUACCGCUGGGCUGACUCAAUGUCGCCCCCUACUGACCGAGAACCGGUCAAGCUCUCAAGGGCCAAACGACAGCGUGACAAUACAGAAGAUUCACUUGAGCAUGAAAGAGAAUUCAAAAAUCAUUUGAGAUGAAGUGAAAGUCUGUUUUCUGAUCUUUAUUUACUCCCCAUGUCUUCUGCUCUACUGCAGCAGCUUUAACUCAUCAUGAAUAAACACACAGGUGACACCUUGCAUUCACAAAUUACCUCUGAACUAACAAAAACAGCGCUACCACAUAUAUCACAUUUAAAAAAAAAAAAAGACAAAAACAGACGCAACACGAAACAGCAGGGAGAGAGGAGGCUGUGACAAGGUUACAAAGAUGAGAGGAGAAAGUGCAAAUUCAAGACGCAGUGAAGUCUGGUCUUACAGAAAUGCUAAUCGCAGCCGGAGGAGGGGGGCCGGGGGUGUCUGCAGUGAGAGAGCGAGGAGGCAAAAUGUAUUGAACUAUGGCAGAGCAGAUAACAGCUCAUAGGAGGAGAGCAGCAGAGCUCCUGUGGAGGGUGGAGAUGAUGAGCAGGGGGAGAAAGUGAUGGGACAGAGGGGAGACGGCAGCGCGGCACAAAGUGUAACACAGGUGGGCCGCGAGAUGUCCGACCCGAGCUUUGGACACAGAUGACAGCAUCCUCCACGGCCGCUGUGGAGGCGGAUAAAAGCCAGAAUGAGGCAGAGUGCCUCCAGGCAGCCUCGGGACAGAAGUACUGUAGUGCUCACAAUAAAAAAAUAAAAAAAACUUUCUCCUGUGCUGAUGAUCCAUGUGAAGGGUCUGAUACAACCUCUAUGUGAAGGGCGAGUUCACCAAACUUACAAAACAAAUUUUUCUUCCUCGUUCGAUCACUUCGUGGUGUCUCGACAUGCAGACAGUUUUGGUUUUAUGUCGAAAGUUUUUGCUCACAACGCUUCAGUUUGACGCAGAUUAUUGCUUUGUCCCAAUUCCAUUCUACAUACAAGAAAAGUGUGACGUGUGUUUGUAGUUUAUGUACAAGUAAUCAACGUGUUUCACCAUCUUAUACAAGCAGGCAAUGAUGUGAUCCAUGCACCCUGCUGAGGAUACCAACCGGCAUCUUAAGGAUGACACGACUACACCAAACAGUGACGUAUUUUACAAAAAGAAGUCAAGUUAUCUUUGGUGUUCUGAGGCGUCUCUGGAGCUGAUCUACCACCUUUUAACUUUAGCUGUGGUUGCCUUCUCUGUGUGCACUGCAUAAUCAGACAACAGUGUGCGCUCACAAAUCAUUUUUAAUAAUAUUCGAAGGUUAAGACCAGCUCAGAAUCAGUAUGUGGUAAGAAAAAUGGUUCUGUCAGAGCAGAAGGUGGUUCAUGAACGCCUCUCACAGAGUGACAGGGACACAUUUUCAGGAAAAGACCAGCCGCUGUCAUUUUUUUUCUUUUUCCUUAAAUGAAAUAUUUUAAUGUCAUUCAGCUUCAUUGAAAUGGGUUGGGUGGCAGAAAUCUCAGAGACAGAUAAAGUGCUGAAACAGUUGAAAGAAAAUUUGAAAAAAAAGAAUCCUCGA